AUGAAAGUAGACCCUGAAAACUUGGUCAGAGGCGAAGAUGGUCCGAAAGGCGAUCCUGGUGAUGUUGGAGACAGAGGAAUGAGAGGUUUUCCAGGACGUGAUGCAAAAGACGGUCUCCCAGGCAUUCCAGGACUUAGAGGAGAUAGUGGGCGUGAUGUUUACUCUCCUCCCGGGCCUGAAGGCUUUAAAGGCCAUCAGGGCCCUCCCGGAGACCAAGGUCCUAGAGGCGUGGGUGGUCCUAUUGGAAAAAGAGGCCAAGAUGGACUUCCAGGACUUCCUGGAGUUAAGGGCGAAAAAGGUAGCAGAGGAGACGAUUCUUUAACUGGGCCAAGAGGCGUUGACGGCAUAAGUGGGAAAGAUGGAGAAGUAGGCGAAAGAGGUCCUGAUGGUAGUCAGGGCCCUGGAGGCGAUGCUGGAAGUCCUGGCAUAAUUGGACCUAGAGCCUUAACACUAAUAUUUGUGCAUUUGUUUACAGGUGAUUCUGGUCGUCAAGGCCUGAAUGGAGUGAAAGGAGUAAAAGGCGAACCAGGUGACUCUGUAAGAGGCUACCCGGGCCCGGUUGGGCGCCCCGGAAUCGACGGAUUUGACGGCAAUUCUGGUGAUAAAGGCGACGACGGAAUUACUGGAAGUCCGGGUAUAUUUGGCGCCAAA